CCCGUCUGAGCGGAAGCAUCGGUGAAGCAGCGGAGCUCUAGCCGCAGCAGUAGCGCUCAGGAUCGGCUACACACCGGGCUGACAUGCCGCGGGGAUGAUGGCUGCCUUCGGCGUUCUGAGCUACGAACACAGGCCUCUUAAACGGCCAAGACUCGGUCCUCCGGACGUUUAUCCACAGGACCCGAAGCAAAAAGAGGAUGAGUUAACCGCAUUGAACGUCAAGCAAGGAUUUAACAACCAGCCAGCUGUUUCAGGCGAUGAACAUGGCAGCGCUAAAAAUGUCAAUUUCAACUCUUCAAAGAUCAGCUCAAACUUCAGCAGCAUCAUUGCAGAGAAGUUACGCUGCAACACUUUUCCAGACACAGGGAAGAGGAAGCCGCAGGUCAACCAGAAGGAUAAUUUCUGGCUCGUCACAGCGAGGUCACAGAGCUCCAUCAAUAACUGGUUUACAGACUUGGCCGGGACCAAACCCCUAACUCAGCUCGCUAAAAAGGUUCCCAUCUUCAGCAAGAAAGAGGAAGUGUUUGGCUACCUUGCCAAGUACUCUGUGCCAGUGAUGCGAUCUGCUUGGAUGAUUAAAAUGACAUGUGCGUAUCACGCUGCCAUAACUGAAAACAAGAUGAAGAAGAGGCACGUCAUCGACCCCUGUAUAGAAUGGACUCAGAUAAUUACUAAAUACCUGUGGGAACAGCUGCAGAAGGUGGCGGAGUUUUACAGACAGUCUCCCAGCCAAGGCUGCGGGUCUCCUCUGCCUGCUCCUCCUGCCGAGGUGGAAACUGCCAUGAAACAGUGGGAGUACAACGAGAAACUGGCCAUGUUCAUGUUCCAGGAUGGUAUGUUAGACAGACACGAGUUCCUCACCUGGGUGCUGGAGUGCUUUGAGAAGAUUAGACCUGGAGAGGAUGAGCUUCUACGUUUGCUUCUGCCACUUCUGUUACAGUACUCUGGGGAGUUUGUGCAGUCAGCAUAUUUAUCUAGACGCUUGGCGUAUUUCUGCACACGCCGGCUCAAUUUGCUGCUGAGCGAUGGCAGUAUCGGGCCUGGUCCAGGUGGGCAUCAGGCCCAUGGCAUUUCUGCGCAGCAGGGGAACGCUCUACCCCCAACACCCACAUCUCAACCUGCAGGGGGCAACCAGCCACAGACCCCCUUCACGGACUUCUACAUCUGCCCUCAGCAUAGGCCAGUGGUGUUUGGACUAAGCUGCAUGCUACAGAGUAUUGUGUUGUGUUGCCCCAGCGCUCUGGUCUGGCACUACUCUCUGACAGAUAGUCGUAAUAAGACUGGCUCUCCAUUAGACCUCUUGCCAAUCGCCCCCUCUAAUCUCCCUAUGCCAGGGGGCAACAGCACCUUUAACCAACAGGUUCGGGCAAAGGUCCGGGAGAUUGAAGAGCAGAUUAAAGAGAGAGGGCAGGCCGUGGAAUUUCGCUGGUCCUUUGACAAGUGUCAGGAGACAACAGCAGGUUUCACCAUUAGCCGGGUUUUGCAUACAUUGGAGGUUUUGGAUAACCACAGCUUUGAGAAGUCUGACUUCAGCAACUCUUUGGAUUCUCUAUACAAUCGGAUCUUUGGCUCAGGACAAAGCAAAGAUGGGCAUGAGAUGAGUCCAGACGAUGAUGCAGUGGUCACCCUGCUGUGUGAGUGGGCUGUUUCUUGUAAAAGGUCAGGGCCACAUAGAGCCAUGGUGGUGGCCAAACUCCUGGAGAAAAGGCAGACUGAGAUUGAAGCAGAGAGGUGCGGCGAGUCAGAAGUUGUAGAUGAGAAAGGCUCUGUGUCCUCAGGGUCUCUGUCUGCUGCCACACUCCCUGUCUUUCAGGAUGUCCUGCUGCAGUUUCUGGACACACAGGCCCCUGUGCUCACUGAGCCUGGGAACGAGAGUGAGCGAGUGGAGUUCUCUAACCUUGUGCUCCUGUUCUACGAGCUCAUCCGUCAUGAUGUCUUCUCACACAACAUCUACAUGUGCACCCUUAUAUCCCGUGGGGACCUGGCCUCCAACUCUCAUCUGCCCCGCCCUCGUUCCCCCAGCGAUGAGCCCUCUGAUGAGUCAGAGCGCAAGGACCAGGAUGCAGGAAGUAGUGUUAAAAUCGAGGAUACUGGUAUGUCCGAGUCGAUGGAGAUAGAUCACAACUCAAGCGCUAACUUUGAUGAGCAGAUGUUUUCUCCUCCAAUGCACUGUGAGUCGAAGGGAAGCCCUUCUCCAGAGAAACAAGCCCAAGAGCAGGAGAGCAAAAGCACUGCCAAGGAUAAGGGCAUGGACCCAGCCUUCCCUUUGGUUUAUGAACAGCCCCGCCACAUACAGUACGCCACCCACUUCCCCAUUCCUCAGGAGGAGAGUGCAAGUCAUGAGUGUAACCAGCGUCUAGUGGUUCUCUAUGGAGUCGGCAAGCAGCGAGAUGAAGCUCGCCACGCCAUCAAGAAGAUCACCAAAGACAUCCUGAAGGUUCUCAACCGCAAGAGUACAGCAGAGACAGGAGGUGAGGAAGGCCAGAAGAGGAAGAGGAGCAAACCUGAGGCCUUCCCCACUGCUGAAGAUAUUUUCUCUAAAUUCCAGCACCUCUCACACUUUGACCAGCACCAGGUCACCUCACAGGUGUCCAGGAAUGUUCUGGAGCAAAUCACCAGCUUUGCCUUAGGGAUGUCCUAUCACCUCCCACUGGUCCAACACAUCCAGUUCAUCUUUGACCUCAUGGAGUACUCUCUUAAUAUAAGUGGCCUCAUUGACUUUGCUAUACAGCUGCUGAAUGAAUUGAGUCUGGUGGAAGCAGAACUCCUGCUUAAGUCCUCCAACCUGGCGGGCAGUUACACUACAGGCCUCUGUUUGUGUAUCGUGGCUGUUCUGCGGAGAUACCACUCCUGCCUCAUCCUCAACCCUGACCAGACCGCACAGGUCUUUGACGGGUUGCGGAUUGUAGUCAAGUCUGGUGUGAAUCCUGCAGACUGUUCCUCAGCAGAACGCUGUAUCCUAGCCUAUCUCUACGACCUCUAUACCUCCUGCAGUCACCUAAAGAGCAAGUUUGGAGAGAUUUUCAGUGAGUUCUGCUCAAAGGUGAAGAAUUCCAUCUAUUAUAACAUCGACCCGUCAGACUCCAACAUGCUGUGGGAUCAGAUGUUUAUGAUCGAUGCCAUCACUAAUCCUACCGCACACAACCUCAACCACUCCAUGUUGGGAAAGAUCACCAAUGAACUCAAUGACAGCCCGGCUAACCGCUACAGCUUUGUGUGUAAUGUGCUCAUGGAUGUUUGCGUUGACCAUCGAGAUCCUGAGAGGGUGAAUGAUAUUGGUAUCCUGUGUGCGGAGCUGACAGCAUACUGUCGCUCUCUAAGUGCUGAGUGGUUGGGUGUGCUCAAGGCCCUCUGCUGCUCUUCUAACAACGGCAACUGUGGCUUCAACGAUCUGCUCUGCAAUGUUGACGUGAGCGAUCUAUCUUUCCACGACUCUCUAGCAACAUUCGUUGCCAUCUUAAUAGCUCGGCAGUGUUUGUUGCUGGAAGAUCUGGUGCGCUGUGUUGCCAUCCCAUCCCUCCUGAAUGCAGCCUGUAGUGAACAGGAUUCUGAACCUGGAGCCAGACUGACAUGUAGGAUCCUGCUUCAUCUGUUCAGAACCCCACAGCGCAACCCCUGUCCCCAGGAUGGCACUAAAUCAGACAAAUCCAUAGUGGGGAUCAGGUCGUCCUGCGACCGACAUCUGCUGGCUGCUUCACAGAACAGCAUCGUGGUGGGAGCCGUUUUUGCUGUAUUAAAAGCUGUGUUCAUGCUGGGAGAUGCUGAGCUGAAAGGCUCAGGCUUUUCCCAUCCUGCUGGUCUGGAUGAUAUUGGAGAGGAUGACAUGGGCUCUAAAAAAUCUGGAGGACGUAAUGUCUCUAUUGAAACAGCCAGUCUGGUGGUUUACGCCAAGUAUGUGCUGAAGAGCAUCUGCCACCAGGAAUGGGUUGGCGAGCGCUGUCUGAAGUCUCUGUCAGAAGACAGCAGUGCACUGCAGGAUCCAGUGCUGGUCAACAUCCAGGCUCAGCGCUUGCUGCAGCUCAUCUGUUACCCACACCGACAGCUGGACAGUGAAGAGGGUGACAAUCCACAGAGACAGCGCAUCAAACGCAUCCUGCAGAACAUGGACCAGUGGACCAUGAGACAGUCCUCUCUUGAGCUACAACUCAUGAUCAAGCAAAGCUCAAAUAAUGAGCUGUAUUCUCUUCUGGAGAACAUAGCCAAGGCCACUAUUGAGGUUUUCCAGAAGUCUGCAGAGAUGAACUCUAGUAACCCCUCCUGGAAUGGCUCUGCUGUCUCGGGUAGCUCAGUCUCCAAUAGCAACAGUGCCAGCAAACUCAAACCUGUGCUAAGUUCCUCUGAGCGUUCAGGUGUCUGGUUAGUUGCCCCUCUAAUUGGUAAGCUGCCCACCUCAGUGCAGGGGCACGUGCUCAAGGCUGCAGGCGAGGAGCUGGAGAAGGGACAGCAUCUGGGACCCUCUUCACGAAAAGAAAGAGAUCGACAGAAGCAAAAAAGCAUGUCUCUCCUGAGCCAGCAGCCCUUCCUGUCACUGGUUCUGACAUGUCUCAAAGGGCAAGACGAGCAGAGAGAGGGUCUCUUGACGUCCCUCUACAGCCAAGUCCAGCAGAUUGUGACUAACUGGCGAGAGGACCAGUACCAGGACGACUGCAAGGCUAAGCAGAUGAUGCACGAGGCCUUGAAGCUGCGACUCAAUCUGGUGGGUGGGAUGUUUGACACUGUACAGCGUAGCACUCAGCAGACAACAGAGUGGGCAGUGCUUCUGCUGGACAUCAUCAGCAGUGGCACAGUGGACAUGCAGUCUAACAAUGAGCUCUUCACUACGGUUUUAGACAUGCUGAGCGUGUUGAUUAACGGGACUCUGGCGGCUGACAUGUCCAGCAUAUCUCAGGGCAGCAUGGAGGAGAAUAAGAGAGCUUACAUGAACCUGGUCAAGAAGCUCAGGAAAGAACUUGGUGACCGACAAUCCGAGAGCUUGGAGAAAGUGCGUCAGUUGCUGCCUCUGCCCAAGCAGACGCGUGAUGUCAUCACCUGUGAGCCCCAGGGGUCACUCAUUGACACAAAGGGCAACAAAAUUGCUGGAUUUGAAAAAGAGGGUCUUCAGGUAUCAACUAAGCAGAAGAUUUCUCCAUGGGAUGUGUUUGAGGGACUAAAGCACUCUGCUCCGCUCUCCUGGGGCUGGUUCGGAACCAUACGGGUCGACCGCAAAGUCACUAAGUUUGAAGAGCAGCAGCGGCUCCUGCUUUACCACACACACAUCAAGCCCAAGCAACGCAGUUACUACCUGGCGCCCCUCAACCUGCCCCAAGAAGAAGAGGAACCACUCACUCCUGUGCCUCCCGAGCCAGACAAGAAGCUGGACACAGCGAAGGUGGAGAAAAGCGUCUCCAAUGUCCCGACUAAGAAAAAGAAAAAGAAACCUGCAUCGACGGUUAAACAAGAGGACUACAAGCCACACAACACAGUCAUGCAGUACGCUCCAGGCAUGACCCCUGAUCUCCCACUGAGCAUGGGACAAACAAACAUGUCAUAUCGAAUGGGCUACCAAGCUCCAAUGAACAUGUAUGCCCAGAACCAGCCUUUACCACCAGGAGGUCCUGGUUUGGAGCCACCUUUUCGUCCUAGGGUUCCUAUGAAUAAAAUGCCUCCACGUCCCAACUACACUAUGCCUAAUAUGCAGACCGCUGGCAUGGGCAACCUAAUGGGAAUGGAGAAGCAGUACCAGAUGAACUAUAAACCCAUGCCCAACAUGGCUCAGGGGCAGAUGCUCCGUCAUCAGCUACAGGUCAGACUGGGUCAUAAUCAUUUAAUUGGACAGCAGAUUAGACAAGUGACACCUAAUCCACAGUAUUCAUCAAUGCAGCCAGCACAGAAUAUACCCCAGGGCUACACCUCCUACGGCUCACACAUGGGGAUGCAGCCACACCCCUCUCAGACCCCUGGAAUGGUUCCCAAUUCAUAUGGAAACCAGGGCUUUCAGACAGGACAUCCUGCCACUAACCCAACUAUGGUGGACUCAAUAAGGCAGAUGCAGCAGAGACCUGGCUACGUCCAUCAGCAGGCUCCUGCGGCAUAUGGGCACACAAUCCAGAGCACACAAAGGUUUCCGCAUCAAUCCAUGCAGCAGACACCCAUGAUGCACGGCUUGGCUCAAAGUCACUUGGGAGUGCAGGGCAUCCACCCAAACAUGAGGCCCAAUCAGAUGAUGGAGCAGCAGCAGCAACAACAACAACAACAACAGCAACAGCAGCAACAACAACAACAACAACAGGUCCACCAGCAGCAGCAGCACAUCCGACAGGGUCCAGUUUUUAGACCACAGCAGCAACAGCAGGUUCAGCAGCAAGUGCAACAGCAGGUCCAGCAGCAGCAGGUCCAACAGCAGCAGGUCCAGCAACAGGUUCAGCCUCAGCAAGUUCAACAGCAGCAGGUUCAGCAGCAGCAGCAGCAGGUGUCUGCAGCUCAGCCUCCCGCUCAGGCCCUGGGCAUGCAGGCUCUGCCCCCGCAACAGCCCAUGUUCCAGCGGCAAGGCAUGCAGCAAACCCAGCAGCAGCAGCAGACCGCAGCACUGGUCAGGCAACUCCAGCAGCAGCUCUCCAGUACUCAACCUGCACAGAACAACAGCUCCUAUUACUGAGUGUUUGAAUGCAUUUCAUCAAUGGUAAAGAAUAGUUUUGUUUUGUUUUUGUCAGUGUAGCAGAAAAUCUGCUCAUGUGGACCUUUCUGAGAGAAGAGGAACUCUGCGCCCUGUAACUGAAGUAGAGUCAAACUAUGUUUUUCAGACAUGUCUCUGAAAAUCAUACUGGCGUUGUUCUGUGAAACACUGAGGUGAACAAUGGAAGAGUUUAUGUAAAAAGAAGUACAGGAAAUUAUAAGAAUAUUGCAACUUUUUUAUUUUAUUUCAAUUUGUACAAUUUUUCAGUUUGGUGUAUUUCUCAUUAAAAAAAAUCAUGUCAAGUU